CAAAAGCAAGACCUGGCAAGAAAGCUAAAUCUACGCCCGCGACAAGUGGAAGUCUGGUUCCAAAACAGGAGGGCCAGGACCAAGUUGAAGCAAACUGAAGCGGAUUGUGAGUUGUUGAAAAAGUGCUGUGAGACGCUGAAAGAAGAGAACAGAAGGCUACACAAGGAGCUGCAAGAGCUCAAGUUAAUGAAACAAACGGCAACAGCAGCAGCAUCACCACCACCCUUUUACAUGCAGUUUCCAACAGCCACUCUCACCAUGUGCCCUUCUUGUGAAAAAAUCAGCAACGGCGGUGACCACCAUAAUCAUCAUGGGGCGUCGACGAGUUCCUUUUUGAUUGGAUCGAAGCCGGCUCACUUGAUCUUCAACCCCUUUAGCACCCAUCCAUCUACAGCUUGCUAAAGUUCAAAUUAAUUUGUAUAGAGAUCAAUGAAAUUUAACUGUAGAGAGGUUGUCUAUUUCUCUCUCUUUAUUUACAAAUAUUUGUAAAUUUUUUAUGAUUUAGUCGUAAUAUGAAGGAUUCUUGUCUUC